AUGCCUCUAAUUAGAGCGAGGGAGAAGGCCAUUAAUCGUGGCGUAAAACACGAGGCCGUUGUUCGUAGAAUAGGAAGGCGUGUUCAUAAAAGGUUCAGAUCAUGGUCCCAGCAAAGGACCAGGAAGUUCUGGAUGCCUGCAAAGGUGUCGUUACAUAGUCCUCUUGACCUAAUGGAUGGGUGGUUAUUAUCUGCAGCUGUGCAAAAGGCUGCAACUCUUAGGAAACAUGACCUAAAGCUUUGGCAUGGAUUCGGUAAUAGACUUUUGGAACUUUCCCACACUCUCACCGGUCAACAAUUAGGCUACGUUUAUUACGGAUUUGGUAAAAGUAGAUUUUUAAAGCCGAGCUUGUAUGAGGAAAUGAUGAAGUUUACUGAACCAAUGCUGCCAACCUUGAAUAGCCAUAGUCUAAUGUGUAUUGCAUGGGCACUUGCCAGAGUCCAAAUAAGAAAUGAACAGUUUCUCUCAAGGUAUUCGCUUGAAGUUGGAACAAGAUUAGAUGAAAUCAGGACUACAGAUUUAAUUAAGAUUUGUAAUUCACUGUCAAAACUGGUAAAUCCACUCAAUACUCUAUUGGCAAUAUUAUCUGAUGGAUAUACUAAUUAUUUGAAGGAGAAGUUAUCUGAAAAGAUGGUUGAAAAGCUGGAAUGUUUGUAUGCACAGGACUUUAGAAACGCAGUUAACCUUUUGUCCAUUAUUCAUUUGUAUGAUGAGAGGACACAAAUUUACCUUUUGAGUCGAUUUUCCAAGAUAUUUAUCUGUGCCAGGCCUCAGCAUUUGCAACAGGCUUAUUGUUCAGCCGUUGCAAUAAGGGUUCUUUUACAGAAAGUUUGGGCACAAUUAGAUAAAUCAGUCAAAGCCUUUUAUACACGUCUUAGUAUGAGGAAAAUACAGCAAUGUUUGAGAAGGCCUUCUGAGUUACAAUGGGACGUCUCUAACAUUCUGGCAAAGAUGGGAAUUCAUCAUAGAAACACAUUUUACUGGGGAUGCUUUUGGAUAGAUAUUGGUGAAAUCAAGGACAAAUCAAACUGUUGGUUCAUAGACGGACCAUCUUGCUUUUACACUUCUACUACAACAUAUACAAAUAAAGUCAAAUUACAACAUAGGAUAUUAAAUAAUCUUGGAUGGAAUAUAAGAAGAGUACAAUGGUACAAAUGGGUGGAUUAUAUGAAUGAUACAGAGGAUAAAAUUAACUAUAUAAGAAAAUUGAGAGAAUCUGAAUGUUUGGGUGAAUUUAUACACGAAGAUCAACUUGACCCUCUAGAAAUUAAGCAAAAACUUGAUAAAAUUAAACAAUAUGUUAAUCCCAAUCCAACUCAAACUUAA